UGAAGCAGAAGCAGAAUAAUUAUUAAGUAUAUUGUUUUUGGUACCGAAUGGCGCUUUCCUUUUUAUCGCAAAACUCCGGCCUGUUGGAUUUACAAAGCAUAUUUGAUCCACAAUAUUCAUUGCAACAACAUCACCAACAACAACAACAAUUUCAUAUAUCAACGCAUCAACAACAACAACAUCCACUGCAACAGCAGCAGCAACAUCAACAACAACAACUUCAACAACAACAAUUAUCAACAACAUCCCGUACAUCAACGAAAUUUGAUUUAAGCAUAUUCAACGAUUUCGACCAAAUGGAAUUCAAUAACAAUUUGAAUCGAAACCACAAUCAAUAUCAGAAUAGUAGUAAUAAUAAUAGCAGUAAUAAUAAUAACCACAAUAACAGCAACAAUAUUCAUACGCAUCAAAACAACGGUGUAGCUGAAAAUCUUAAUCAGAUCCAAAAUCGUCAUUUUAUUAGCGGCUAUCAUCAUCAGCAUAUUGGAUCGGAUUAUGAGCAAGUGAUUAAUUUUGUGGACUCACCACCUAAUUCUGAGGAAUCUUGGACAGACGCACAGUCCAAGGAUUCACCAGGACCCCAAAUCAUAGACGUUAGAACGAUUUAUUCGAACUCAAGCAGUGGUUCACGCAAAAGACGAAUGGAUUGGGACUCAUUGGACAUUGGUCAAAGUGAAAAUUCACCGACAACACAAACGGGAGAUUUACCCAAUAAGGCAGCACAACAUCAGGAGAAAGAUAAACACAAGCGUGAAAAGCACUCAGGUCGCAGCAGCUGGAGCGACGAUAUUGGUUUUGAUCUUAACGCCGAGUUCAACAGCAACUCAUAUUUAAACAAUGAAAACUUUUUAUCGUUCUCCCCGAGCCUGACGGCACUCAAACAGGAGCCGCAAACGGAGCAGCUCAAGCCGAAUACAAAGCUACCCUUGGAUAGUGCCAACGCCGGCGUUGUGGUCAACAUUGGCAAGCUAGAUAAAUCGCCAUUGGGCGAUGCCAAUCAUUCGCCACAGCAUACAGCGCAGAGCAAGGAAACUGCUGCAGCAGUUGGAGCAGGAGCAGGAGCUGGUGGAGGAGCGGCUGCUGGUGUUGCUGGCAAGCAUGAGUUGAACGGUGGCAUCAUCUGUGGCUGUGGCUCGCCGCAAGGCUCGCCCGCUGCAACGGAAUUUGAACUAAACGGCAAUGCCAAUGGAAAUGCACAAGCUGCAGACAAGUCUAGAGCAGCAGCAGCAGCAGCAGCAGCUGGCAAUGAGGCCUAUGCACAAGCGCCAGCACGCGCUGGACUGCAGCAACAGCUGAGCGUCGUCGAGGCGGCUAAAAUAGAGCCCAGCUCAGUCGCAGGAGCAGCUCAUGGCGAUGAACACAAAUUUCAAUACAUUUUGGCAGCGGCCACCUCGAUUGCAACCAAGAACAAUGAGGAGACUUUGACUUAUCUGAAUCAGGGUCAAAGCUAUGAGAUCAAAUUGAAGAAAAUUGGUGAUUUAUCUUUCUAUCGCGAUAAGAUUUUGAAGAGUGUUAUCAAAAUCUGUUUCCACGAGCGUCGUCUGCAGUUUAUGGAGCGCGAGCAAAUGCAACAAUGGCAAGCCUCGCGUCCUGGCGAUCGCAUCAUUGAGGUGGAUGUGCCUUUGUCCUAUGGCCUGUGCCAUGUCUCGCAGCCAUUGAGUUCGAGUUCACUGAAUACGGUUGAAAUAUUUUGGGAUCCACUGAAGGAGGUCGGUGUCUACAUCAAGGUCAAUUGCAUUUCAACUGAGUUUACACCAAAGAAGCACGGUGGAGAAAAGGGUGUACCAUUUCGAUUACAAAUUGAAACCUACAUAGAAACAACAAACAGCAGCAGCGGCAACAACAACAGCAGCAGCAGCAACAAUAACAAUAACAACAGCAGCGGCAGCAGCAGCAGCAACAGCAGCAGUAGCGGCAGCAACAACAACAGCCCAGCAGCUUGCACUUCACCCGGCAACACGCCCGAGCAGCGUGCGUCCAAUGGAAAUGUCAGUGGCGGCUCCGGCUCCGGCUCCAUUGCCGCUCUGGCCGCACUCAAUGGCAAACAAGCGGUGCAUGCAGCUGCCUGCCAGAUUAAAGUUUUCAAACUAAAAGGCGCUGAUCGCAAGCAUAAGCAGGAUCGCGAGAAGAUACAGAAGCGUCCACAAUCUGAGCAGGACAAGUUUCAGCCCAGCUACGAAUGCACCAUUAUGAACGAUAUAUCAUUGGAUUUGAUACAACCAGCCACCACCACUGGCUGCUACAGUCCCGAGUACAUGAAAUUAUGGCCAAAUUCGCCGGUGCAUAUUCCAAAAUAUGACGGUAUGCUACCAUUUGCCAGCAGCGCAUCACCAGCGACCAGCAGCAGUCCGAUUGCCAUCAAUUCAGUGACAUCAACCAAUUCGCCAACAUUGAAACUAAUGGAUGCCACCAACAUGGUCUCGCCGCAGCAUGUGCCAGCGGAUAUGGAUGAAUAUCAUCAGAACAUAAUGCCCGAAUCAACGCCCGCACAAGUGACACAAUGGCUAACCCAACAUCGCUUGACGGCCUAUCUAACAACAUUUGCUCACUUCUCUGGAGCUGAUAUUAUGCGCAUGUCCAAGGAGGAUCUUAUACAAAUCUGCGGUCUGGCCGAUGGCAUACGCAUGUUUAAUAUAUUGCGCGCCAAAUCAAUUGCGCCGCGCUUGACGCUCUACGCCAGCAUGGACGGCUGCAGCUACAAUGCCAUCUACUUGCUCGCCAACACGGCCAAGGAGCUGCAGCAGAAGCUGUUCAAGCUGCCUGGCUUCUAUGAGUUCAUGGCCAAGGGCGGCUCGUCGGGUGGUUUGGAGAAUGGCGGCGUUGCCGCUGCCGCAGCCGCCGCAGCUGCUGCUGCAGCGCUCUACAACAGCUGGGGCAUGCAAUCCAAGUACUCGGGCAGUGGCUCCAACAUUUUCAACGAGGUCAACAAGAGUGCCGUUUAUAUUUCGGGUCCCUCGGGCGUUCAUGUUUGCGUCAGCGAUGAGGUGCUCAACAAUGAAAUCAAGGAUGGCAGCCUCUAUGCGCUGGAUGUGCAAGCCGGCAAAGUUAUUUUGAAGCUAAUCAAUAAGCCAGACAACAAUUGAAACGUUCUUAAAAAAUGAAAGUAUAGUUUAUAGCAUUUAUUUUUUAUCAUUUCUAUAUAAGUUUCAAUUUGUAUGAGAUUUCGCGUUGCAAUUUUGAGCAAGUGGCAACAACACAAUCAAAGCAUGAACACCACCAUUAUUAUUAUUAUAAUUAUCGUUGUUAUUACUUUUCCCACACACACACACACACCUAUACAUACUAUUUAGUUUUCCUAAGUCGUUUGAUUUCAAUCGUAUAAAUUUAAUUCUUCCCUCUAAUUUUUCACAUCAUUUAUUUCUUUGCAUAGCAUUUGCGUAUACAUAUUAUGUUUUGUCUUUCCUCCAACAACAUUGCAUGUAUUAAGUUUAAGUUUAUUAUGCUACCUUUGCCUACACUACGUAUAAAAUAUAACAAUUGUUUAUUAUAUACAUAUAUAUAUGCAUACAUACCACCUAAAGUUAGCAAAACAAA